AUGUCGCUGACCUCUUGUCGAGACGCCGGAAACACUCCUGCAGGAGCCGACAUUAGCUUCGACUGCAGCAGAGGAUACAACCCGGGUAGCUGUGGGCCAUACGACGACCUAGUCACAUUUGCUGCCGCCGAGGAUGGUCCGUACGACCAGUGUGAGAUCAUCUGGGAUGCCUACACGAACAAGCAUCUCUACGCCAUGAAGACAUCUGCAGCGGAUGCGAUGGCAUCUGGAUCGAUAUCUGGACCGGAAGCAGCACCGAGGAUGGAGGCCAAGACCACAUGCACUGUGACGGUGGAGUUGCCCCCGACAAUUGGCUCCAGAUUCUACGUUACGCACCUGAUGGCAAGAAUGUCAACAGUGAGUGGCCCAAUUGUUUCCUGUCCCUUUGUACGAUUAUAA